CGACCCACACCAGUUACGGGUUGGCGGGAACUUUUACCGCCUCUGAUGGCAUUAGGGCUCCAAAAAUAUCAGUCCAGUUCAAAGAAUUUUCAAUCUGCGCCUCUGCAUCACAGAUCGUCUCCCCGAAAAUCUUAUCUGAUCGACUCAGCUCACGGCAACAGUGUUUGUAGGAGAUGGAUACAUCGAACCCAGCUGUCCUUGUCAAUGGUGAUCUGCUUCGUAACUAUGUGGGCCGAAGAGUACGGACAGUGAUUCAGGUAGUAAGACCUGAUGGUGGUGGCCUUAUUGGGAGAUCGACAGAUGAAAAGCAAAUUUCUGUAAAGGGCCACCCUCCAUCUGAUCUUAGUACUUUUGUUGAAGUAAUUGGUGUUGCUGAUAGUGCACAAUCUAUUCGUGCAGAGAUAGUGACCAACUUUGGUGAUACUUUUGAUACAAAUAACUUCAACCAACUUUGCCAACUUGCUAAUGGAGAGUUUAGGCACUUGUUUAUCUGAAGAGGACAAAAUGGAGUCCUGUCUACUUAAAUGAAUUUAGAUGAACUUGGCUACUUAUCUUUUUUUCUUAUCUUUAUUUCUGAAACUUUGGUGGCAUUUGGUAAAAGUUGUCUUGUGGCUUUAAUGCAAAGUUGAAAGAUAUUAUGCA